AUGUCGACCGACGUGUACACUUCAUCCACGUCGCAGGCGUCAACAUCACUAGGUCCCACUUUCACCUAUCCAUUCACUCCCCUCGGUCCGCCGUCGGCCUUCGAUAACAUGCCUUCCGCCACCAUGCGCCUAAGCGACGCUGAUCGGUCGGCGCAGGGCCUCAACGGCUUCAUUCGACCCGGAGCGGGCGGCGCGAUCCUAAUGCGAAAACUUCCGAAGAGCACUAGUCUCGAGCUGUUGCGCAGCAUGCUUCUCUUUGCUAAAGAUCUCGUGGAUAUUGAGUUUGAACAUAACAUCCCCCCCGAAGACAACGGGUAUGUGAGCGCAGUCGCACGGUUCAGUACGGUCGCCGCAGCCGAAGAGGCGCGGGCUUUGCUCGAUGGCAAGCCGAACUCUAAUAACGAUGCGAACAUGAUCGUGGAAAUGUAUAAUGGCCCUGUCGGCUCAGCUCUGGGGGGACCCAGGCGCAAUACAAUUGACCACACCGCGACGCGUAGCCUAUUAGGAGGUGUUACGUCCAAUGGACACUUGUCGCGGCAUUCAUCCCGCUUCAACGGUACUUUCCAGAGCCUGGAGAAGCUGACGGUGGCGAACGCAUCCAACUCAUCGGCCAGCGAUGCCCUACCUCCUGAAUCAAGUUCGCGCAUGCAUAGCAUUUUCUCACCCCAGUCUCCGAUCGGAAAUGGUGUUCAUGAUCUGCCGCGCGUCAGUGGUAAGUCAAUGAUUGAUCAGGACCUCGACGAAGAUACGGGUGAGCUUCUCAAAGACCCUGUGGGCUAUGCAGAGAAUGGGCACUCCGGCUCUGUUUCCAUCCCCCGUCGCUCCACCAAUCCCCAGUUCCCCACGAAUCAGUUUGCCAACAUGUCACUGGCCACCAACCUGUCCUCGCCACCGUUGUCGAAUUACACUCCUGGAGGCUCGGCCCAUAUGGGAAUUCCUCCUCCCUCAACCGCAUACCCCCAGUCCAUCAACAACAUGAGUGGGAACCACGGGCUCCCUUAUGCCAAUCCACAUACACCUCGUCACAGUUUGCCUGCCGCAAACCCGAACGACAUGAACCCGCCUUGCAACACUUUGUAUGUGGGAAACCUGCCGCCGGACGCGUCAGAAGAGGAGCUAAAAGCUCUGUUUAUGAAGCAGCGUGGAUACAAACGCCUUUGCUUCCGUAACAAGCAAAACGGACCCAUGUGUUUCGUGGAGUUCGAGGACGUGGGCACAGCUGGCAAGUCCUUGAACGAACUGUAUGGCUACAAACUUUCCAACAGCAUUAAGACCGGUAUCCGUCUUAGUUUUUCGAAGAACCCCCUGGGAGUUCGUUCUGGGCAGCCAGGUUCCAUGAGUGCAUCCAAUAAUAUUGCAUCUCAAGGUGCAGUUUCUGGAGGUAGCAGCCUUGGUGGCAUGCACAAUCAUAUGUUCUCCACUGUCAGCGGGCCUCCUCCAGGUCUUUCGGCCCCUCCAGGCCUAGUGCCACCACUGCAGUUGCGCAACAACGGAGCCGUGCAUCCCUCUGGCCAUCCCCACGCACCAGUACCAAACAACGGCUCCUUCCACCCAAAUACUGGCCUAGGGAUUCGGACAAACCAUAUGAAUUCCAUGAUGUCCCCCACCACUCCACUCUCCGGAGGGGUCCCUGGCGGUGGCUCGGGACCGAAUAUGGGAGGCUUUAAUUCUUAUUAUCCUGACUACAUGAUGGGUCGGUAG